AUGGCCCGCGAGAAGAAGGAGCCGCGCGUCAAGAAGGAGCGACAGGGCAAGAAAGAGACGCGCAAGAAGGCCGCCGAGGAGAAGAAAAUGGCCGACAAGGCCGAAGCGCUGGGCAACAUGUCGCACGCUGACCGGCUCGCCGAAGAGGGAAUCAUUGCCACGUGCUCGCACAACGUGCGCUCCGUGCACAAGAACUUUAAGGACAUUAACGUGCUGAACUUUAGCAUCACGUACUUUGGCAAAGUGCUGAUGGAGGAGUGCGACAUUUCGCUCAACUACGGCCGUCGCUACGGCCUCAUUGGGCGCAACGGGUCGGGCAAGUCCACGUUCAUGAACGUCUUGGGGGCCCGCGGCAUUCCCAUCCCCGAGAGCAUUGACAUUUACCACCUCAAGCACGAGAUCGAGGCCAGCGACAUGACGGCCCUCGAAGCUGUGCUGUCCGUGGACGAAGAGCGCAGUAAGCUGCAGGCCGAAGCUGACGCGCUCUCGGAGCAAAUGACCGACGAGUCGAUUGCCGAAGAAGACAGUGAAGCCAUCUCGGACCGGCUCACGGACUUGUACGAGCGGCUGGACGACAUGGACGCGGCGACAGCUGAAGUCCGCGCUCGUCAGAUCCUGUCGGGUCUGACGUUCUCGGACGCCAUGAUGGACAAAAAGACGCGCGAGUUUUCGGGGGGAUGGCGGAUGCGCAUUGCGCUGGCCCGUGCUCUGUUUAUCCAGCCGACGCUCCUGCUACUGGAUGAACCGACGAACCACUUGGACAUGGAAGCCGUUGUGUGGCUGGAAGACUACCUGUCCAAGUGGAAGAAGAUCCUGCUGAUGAUUUCGCACUCGCAGGAGUUUAUGAACGAGGUGUGCACGAACAUUAUCGACCUCACGAACAAGAAACUCGAGUACUAUGCUGGCAACUACGACACGUACAUCCGAACGAAGGCCGAAAAGGAGGAGAACCAGAUGAAGCGCUACAACUGGGAGCAGGACCAGAUCAAGCACAUGAAGGAGUACAUUGCCAAGUUCGGCCACGGGUCUGCGAAACUCGCUCGUCAAGCUCAGAGUAAAGAGAAGACGCUUGCCAAGAUGGUGCGCGAUGGUCUGACAGAAAAGGUCGAUCACGAGUCCAUUGGUGACUUCAAGUUUCCAAACCCAGAGCCGUUGCCGCCGCCAGUGCUCAUGUUCCAGAACGUGUCGUUCGGGUACCCGAACACACCGCUGCUGUACUCUGGCGUCGAGAUGGGACUGGAUCUGGACUCGCGCGUCGCCCUUGUCGGUGCGAACGGUACGGGCAAGACCACGUUGCUGAAGCUGAUUACGGGCGACCUGGUCCCUGUUGCAGGUAAUGUUCGGCCACACAGCAAGUUGCGUAUCGCGCGCUUCAGUCAGCACUUUGUCGACGUGCUCGACCUGACCCAGUCACCGCUCGAGUACUUCCGCUCACUUUUCCAGACCAAGUCGAUCGAAGAGGUGCGGAGCUACCUGGGCCGCUACGGCAUCACUGGUGAUGUGCAGACGCAGAUCAUGGGCCAGCUGUCUGAUGGCCAGAAGAGUCGCGUUGUGUUUGCGUACAUGGCCCAGCAGAAUGCCCACAUGUUGCUGCUCGAUGAGCCCACGAACCACUUGGACAUGGAGUCCAUUGACGCGUUGGCCCGUGCGAUCAACAACUUUGGCGGUGGCAUGCUGCUCGUGAGUCACGACAUGCGUUUGAUUUCGCAGGUCGCCAAGGAGAUUUGGCUCGUGGAAAACCAGUCCAUCAAGGUGUACCAGGGCGAGAUUUCGGACUUCAAGAUGCGCGUGCGCAAGCAGCUCAAGCUGGCCGACAAGCCCGUGACACCUGCUGAAGACUAA